CCAGACAACUGCUGGGACCCAGACUGCGUGGAGCCCUUCCCCAGCCGCCCCGCCCCGCCCUCCCCAGGGGCACCCACCUCUCCUGGCUGCCACAGUCAACCUGUUAGGCCGGGCUGGGCAGGUCUGGAGAUGGGCGGGGAGCCCUGAGCCUCCGCACCCCCUCUCCUGCUCCUCCUCCUCCCCCACUGCCCUGUGCCCGGCACUCAGGCCUCUCCGAGCUGGGCUGCCUGGGUGCCUGAGGCCAGGAAGCCGGGGGUCCCCAGGGGGGUGACCCCCAAGAAGAGGGCAGCCGCUUCACGCUUGGCUGCCGGGAGCCCUUCCUGGAGCCGUCAGGGUGGGGGUCCCCUCCCCCAGGGGGCCGGGGCCAUGUUGCCUUGUGCCUUCUGAGGCCCCCGCAUCAUGGCCCGGUCGCUGACCUGGCACUGCUGCCCCUGGUGCCUGACGGAGGAGGAGAAGACAGCCGCCCGGAUCGACCAGGAGAUCAACAAGAUCCUCCUGGAGCAGAAGAAGCGGGACCGAGGGGAGCUGAAGCUGCUGCUUCUGGGCCCAGGUGAGAGCGGGAAGAGCACGUUCAUCAAGCAGAUGCGCAUCAUCCACGGGACUGGCUACUCGGAGGAGGACCGCAAGGGCUUCCGGCCGCUUGUCUACCAGAACAUCUUCGCGUCCAUGCGGGCCAUGAUCGAGGCCAUGGACCAGCUGCAGAUCCCCUUCAGCAGGCCUGAGAGCAAGAACUAUGCCAGCCUGGUCAUGAGCCAGGACCCCUACAAAGUGACCACCUUUGAGAAGCGCUACGCGGUGGCCAUGCAGUGGCUGUGGAGUGACGGCGGCAUCCGGGCCUGCUACGAGCGCCGGCGCGAGUUCCACCUGCUGGACUCGGCAGUGUACUACCUGUCGCACCUGGAGCGCAUCACCGAGGAGGGCUACAUCCCCACCGCCCAGGAUGUGCUUCGCAGCCGUAUGCCCACCACGGGCAUCAACGAGUACUGCUUCUCCGUGCAGAAAACCAACCUGCGGAUUGUUGACGUUGGGGGCCAGAGGUCAGAACGCAAGAAGUGGAUCCACUGCUUUGAGAACGUGAUCGCCCUCAUCUACCUGGCCUCGCUGAGCGAAUACGACCAGUGCCUGGAGGAGAACAACCAAGAGACCAUUGAGCCCCAAGACUCCGAUUCACAAGUAUUUGUGUUGCCAACAACACUCACAUGCGGCCCGAAGCAGGACGCGGAGGCAGCCAAGCAGUUCAUCCUGGACAUGUACAGCGGCAUGUACGCCGGCUGCGCGGACGCCGCCGACGGGGGCAGGAAGGGCUCGCGCUCCCGGCGCCUCUUCAGCCACUACACGUGCGCCACGGACACGCAGAACAUCCGCACGGUCUUCAAGGACGUGCGGGACUCGGUCCUGGCCCGCUACCUCGACGAGAUCAACCUGCUGUGACCCAAGC